AUGUCGAAUUCAAAAAAAAAAUGUCGAAUUCAAAGAGACCAUUCAAAAGGUCAUUCCCAACUAUUUAAUGAUUAUUUUGCUGAAAAUCCUACAUAUUCUUCUCGAUUGUUUCGACGUAGGUUUAGGAUGAGGAAACAUGUAUUUUUACGGAUAAUGGAAGCUGUCUCCAGCAACGAUCUAUGGUUCACUACCAACAUUGAUGCAACUGGUAGAAAAUGUCUAAGUGCUUUACAAAAGUGUACUGCAGCUCUUCGUAUCCUAGCAUACGGGGUGGCUGCUGAUCAAGUUGAUGAGUACCUCCGAAUUAGCGAAAGCACAGCACGAAAAGCACUCUGUCAUUUCACAAAGGGAAUAAUCAACCAAUUUGGGCAACAUUAUUUGAGAAAACCAAUACCACAAGAUUUGACGAGAUUAUUAGCCUUUAGUGAAGAACGAGAAUUCUCUGGCAUGAUUGCAUGGAAAGGGCAAUAUCAAGGCCGAGCUGGUGUUGCAACAUUAAUUCUUGAAGUUGUCGCCAAUCAUGACCUAUGGAUAUGGCAUGCCUUUUUUGGGAUGCCAGGUUCAUAUAAUGAUCUCAACGUGCUAUAUCGAUCACCUCUUUUAGUUGAUUUGUUUGAAGGAAGGGCACCACCUGUCAAUUUCACGGUGAAUGGAAAUCAAUACGGCAUGACUUACUAUCUCACUGAUGGCAUUUAUCCUAAAUGGGCUACUUUUAUUCAGUCUAUUACUGAACCGCAAACAGCAAAAGCAAGGUUAUUUGCCCAACAUCAAGAAGCAGCAAGAAAGGAUGUGGAGCGAGCAUUUGGGGUGUUGCAAGCUUGA